GCAGUUUGUGUUGUUUACUUUUAUUCGCUUUAAGUACGACAUUUCGACGUACGUCCACUUUUCCCGUAGAUCCAUCCUAUAAGGCUAUAAAUUUAUUAACCAUGUCGAUCAAGCCGAAGUAUCGCCCAACAAUUAUCAAAAAACGUACCAAGAAAUUCAUCAGACAUCAAAGUGAUCGUUAUGACAAACUCAAGCCCAACUGGCGUAAACCAAAGGGUAUUGACAACAGAGUCCGAAGACGAUUCAAGGGACAGUAUUUGAUGCCCAAUGUUGGUUAUGGUAGUGACAAGAGAACCAGACACAUGCUGCCUUCCAAAUUCCGUAAAGUCCUUGUACACAACGUAAGAGAAUUGGAAAUGUUGAUGAUGCAGAACAGGAAAUACUGUGGAGAGAUCGCUCAUGGGGUUUCAUCCAAAAAUCGUAAAACCAUUGUUUCUAGAGCCCAAGAGUUAUCUAUCAGAUUGACCAAUGGAAAUGCACGUAUUCGUACACAAGAGGGUUAAGUUUUGUAAUAAUUAAUUAUUAAUAAAAUAAAAAUUUCUUAAAAUCCAUUUCUUUUUUUUUUUUUAACAUAAUAAAUGUAUUUUAUACAUAUAUUAUUCAACUCUUGAUUAAAUUAACAAAAUAAUAUUUAUUUAAAAAUACACAUUUUAAAGGUAACAAAAUUUUAAAAUAAAUGCCUCAUAGUAUUUCUUAAAAUA